UCCUCCUCCUCCUCCUCCUCCUCCUCCUCCUCACCUUCAUCCGAUGACGUAGGUUCAACAUAUUCACUUACUGUGUAUUCUGUAAUAUUAUCAUCAUCUUCAUCAGAGGCUAUGUCGGCUAACAAAUUUUCUAACGCUGAAAUGUAAAACAAUUUUAUGUUAAAAAUACAGAGCUUACUUUUUAUAAUAAACGUUAUAUGUAUUCGAAGGUAGUGAUGCAUACAACACAUGAAUAUUAAAAUCUCUUUGAUGUCGAAUGAAUUAAAACAAAAUAUUAACCGAUAUUUGAUUACACAUUGUUUUAAUAAAAAAAAAGCAAGAAGUAUAGCCAGCUCGUUCGGAUAUCGGGUGUACGAGCACACGUGAGGUAUCGAACAAUAAUCAGCACAAGUCUAAAUUUUUCUCCUUCGUCCUUCCUUCUCCUCCUAGGCCCUACAGAUGACUGCUUCGACUACAAUCGUCAGUUCCAAGUUGAUCGUAGUUCCACUAGGAUGUCUGUGAAAAGUGUUGUUUUACGUCAGUUGGAGGAGAAAAGCUCUCUCCUAAAAUCACGGAUGGAGCGUACGUCGCGGCUCAUACAGCAGCACCGCGACACGUAUGCUGUGCUGUAGGAGGAGCGUGAAGAAAUCAAACGCACGCUGCAUAUCAUGAAAAGUUCACCUUCCAUCGGCCCCGUCAAUUACUACAUCCCUAAGCUUGGGGAUGUAUGUGAAGUGUGUGCGCGGGUGAUGAAGCGGAUGACCAUACGCACACGGUGGACGUACUGCACGGAGUGCAGGGCGCCACGCUGUACGACGUGCAGCAGAAGAGAGCUGUCGUGUUGCAGCGUAGGAACAGAGAAGAGGGAGGAGACGGAGGUGGUUGCUGAGGAGGUGAUGCAGCAGCAGGAGGUGGUGCAUGCCGAUGAAGAUGCUGCUAUGCUAGAUCUUGUGAAAAGAGAGGAGCAGCAGGAGGAAGCGGAGAUGCAGCAGGAGGAAGCGGAGUUGCAGCAGGAGGAAGCGGAGGGUGAUGAAGUCGAUACGGAGAUUGAUAUAGGCGAAGAAUUUUGUCAGUUCGACUCGCCUGCAUCUCCCAACAACAUAGCUGACAGGGGAAAGCUUGUCAUCAUGAAGAUAGAGGCGAGUGCUGAAGAAGAGACAAUCGACAUCGUAUCGUGAAAUUUUGUGUUUAUGUGCGUGAGUGUAUAGUGAACGCGUAAGUUUUAUCAUUAAUUAUAUUUACCCGUGUAUGUGUGUGUGUGUGUGUGUGUGUGUGUGUGCCUAGAUUAGUAAUUAAGAGUAAGGAGUGAUUUGUGAGAGUGUGUGCGUAAGAGAGAGAGCGUGUGCGUAAGAAACAGCGUGUGCGUAAGAAACAGCGUGUGCGUAAGAAACAGCGUGUGCGUAAGAGAGAGAGAGAGAGAGAGAGAGAGAGAGAGAGAGAGAGAGAGAGAGAGGGAAGGAAAGCUUGUGCGUGAGAGAGAAAGAGAUAGGGAGAAAAAGAGAGCGUGUGCGUAAGAAAGAGUGUGUGCGUGUGAGUAAGAGAGAGAGAGAGAGAGCGAGCGCAGUGUAAGAAGCUAGUGUCCCUUGUGCAUUAGCAGACGAUACGAUUGUGUGUGUGUGUGUGUGUGCUCGCGUAAGUGUACGUAUGUGUACACAUGCGUGAUUGGAUUUAUAUUGUUUAUGAUAAUUCGAAUAAUAAUAUUUUUUAUAAUAAAAACCAUUAUACAUUGUAAGAAAUGAUUUUUUUUAUUUACUAACUUGGUGUGUGGAGACAAAUGACAUCAUUACUAUUGUAUCCUUAUCUUAUCAAUGUAAACAAAUAAUUUAGUUAAGGUAUUGUUUGUUUACAUAAAUAAUUAAUUAAAAUU